GUUUAAUUGAACGUAUCAUUUAUUAGUGUUGUCUCAAAAGUGAUCAUUUUGUUGUUGAAAUAAUUAUUUACAACAAUUAAACUUUACAACUGAAGAAACACAUCUCCAAAGUCAUCCUAACAAUCAGUUAUUUAUAUUACAAGUUUUGUGUUAAAAAUGCCAAUUAUUUAUAAAAAUAUUGAUGCAUUAACAAAUGCUCUACCUGAUUCUACAAGUUUUUAUCAAUAUGGUUAUGAUAAUCUAACUCCUAUGAUGAACAGUCCCUACCACAGCAGUUCAACAGAAUCACCAUCAGUUGGAAGUAUGGCAUCUCCAGAUCCAAACGUUUCUUUUCUCAGAGAUGAUGAUAAUUUUAGUUUAAAUUUCAAUAACCAAAUAAUUAAUCUAAAUAACACAACAGCUACGAUGUUAGAAAGCCCAGAGCUAGUAAUUCUUGACCAGCCUAUCGAGAAAUUUAGAUUCAGAUAUAAAUCUGAGAUGAUGGGAACUCAUGGAAGUCUUGCCAGUGCUAAUUCCACCACUAGAAGAAAACGACAUGCUCCAACUGUUCAACUACGGAAUUUCCCAGGCAGUGCAAUUAUUCGUUGCAGUAUUGUUACAAAAAAUGAAGAUAGACGUAUGCCUCAUGCUCAUCAUCUUGUCAAGAGAGAAGGUAAUACUGAAACUGAUCAACCUUAUGAAGUUGAAGUCUCAGCAGUAAAUAAUUGGACUGCUACAUUCCAUGGAAUGGGAAUAAUUCACACGGCUAAAAAACAUAUUAAAGAUGAACUCAUUAAGAAAUUGAGAGCAGAAGCUCUUGAAAAACAUCGACAAAUUGAUCAUACAGUUCAAUGUCUUAGUGUUCGAGAAGAAACUCAGAUUAAAAUGGAUGCAGAAAGUGCUCAAAAAUGGAUGGACUUGAAUAGCGUUUCAUUGGCAUUCCAAGCCUACGUUCCAAAUGAACAUGGUGUCAUGUGCCCUUUAACUGCUCCUGUGUAUUCUCAUGUCAUCAAUAAUCUUAAAAGUGCCUUAACAGGAGAAUUAAAAAUAUGUCGUAUUGAUAAAUAUGUCAGUAGCUGUGAUGGAAACGAAGAGGUUUUUUUACUUGUUGAAAAAGUUGGUAAAAAAAAUAUUAAAGUUAAAUUCUUCGAAGUCGACGAGAAAGAUAACGAAAUUUGGAGUGCGUAUGGUCGAUUUUCUGAGCUUGAUGUCCAUCAUCAAUAUGCGAUAGUAUUUCGGACCCCUCCUUAUAAAGAUCGCAAUAUUACAGAGACAAAAGAAGUAUUUGUGCAAUUAGAAAGGCCAACUGAUGGAGAUUGUUCGGAGCCUGUAAGAUUUACUUAUAAACCAACAGAAAAUAUUUUAGGGAGAAAAAGGCCCAGAAUGUCCUAUUCUGAAAAUAUUGAUCUUGCUGAACCAAUACUUCCAGAUACAACAAUGUCGAAAAAUAUAUUUGCAUUUGAAAGUGCAACUCCUAGUGAAUUAUCAGCAGAACUUAAGAAAUUAACUGUCGAAAAAUGUGAUUCUGCUGAGUAUCUAGAGUGUUUAAAAAAUAUUGAUUUUGAUCAGUAUAUAUACUUUGCUUCAUCUAAUCCUUAUAGUAAUGGUGAUGAAUUUGACGAUGAAUUAAGCACCGAUGGUCCACGUCGUAAAGGUCCAAUUGCAGACGGACCUCACUUUGCUAGUAAUUUAUUACGAGAAGCAUUAAAGCAUUCUCGAAAUGAUCCAGAAGCGAUGCGAAAAUCUUUAAAAAAAAUUUUAAAAGAACGUACCUCUUAUGGAGAUACUCCAUUACAUUCAGCACUUCGUCAUGGUCAACGAGAGGUGGUUAAACAUAUUUUAUCAAUCAUUAGCUCAUCACCAGAGUUUAAAGAAUUCGUCGACAUGGGGAAUGCAUCAGGAAAAACUCCUUUGCAGUAUGCAGUUAUGUUGAACCAACCCGUUGUCGUUAACGCUUUACUAAUGUUGGGUGCUGAGCCUAAUGUGUGUGAUAAUCAUGGAUCAUAUCCUCUUCACGAAGCAGUAAAAAAUCCCAAUGCUUGGGAGUGUGUUAGUGCUUUAUUGAAAGGUAAAGCUGAUUUUAAAGUAAGAGAUGAUGCUGGUUGGACUCCUCUACAGUUAGCAGCAGAAGCUGGAUCACUACGUGCUAUUCAAUUACUUGUUGAAGCUGGAGAUGAUGUUAAUAGUGCUGAGAGAUCUUUUGGGCGGACACCACUUCAUAUAGCUGUUGAAGGAGGACAUGUUGAAGUUGUUCGUUAUUUUUUAGAAAAGACAAAUGUUAAAGUUAACGAAAGAAAUUUAGGUAGAAAUACAGCUUUACACACAGCUCUUGUCAAUACGGGAUCACGUGCUAAAGAAAUACGUGCACUUCUAUUGAAACAUAAUGCUGAUCCAUCAAUACCAAAUGGCCAUGGAAAGAUUUAUGAACGUGAACUUAUAUUUGAUGAUGAACACCCACAAGAAACCAUCAAAAUAAAGGAAGAAGUAGAGGAAGAGGAUGACGAUCCACUAGAUAAUGAAACUUAUUCUGAAUUUGCAUCUGAAAACGAUGAGAUAGGAAAUUUAUUGAGAGGAGCAGAAAAAAAUUAUAGUGAACAAGAAGAAUCAGGAACACGUGAGAUAAAAGAAGAAACUAAGGAAGAAAGAGGAACCAUCACAGAAUGGUUAGAUGUAGAUCAAAUGGCUACUUUGGGUAAUAUCUUGGAAAAAAAUGAUGGAUGGAAAAAACUCGCUAAGAAGCUGGGCUGUGAUUAUCUUUCAAGUUCACUUGAAAAUUCUGGAGCAAGUCCAGCUCUGACCAUUCUUAGCUAUGCUGAUGUUCAAGGCAAUUUGACGAUAGAAAAGCUUGUUGAUUUAUUGCAACAAUUGAAGCAAACGGAAGCAGUAACAUUCUUGCAGGAUGUAACGCGAAAUCAGAACUUAAAUAUGUAAUUUUACUUUGAAAAUUUCAUAAUUUAUAGUUAAAGUUAUAUUAAAAAUCAUGUGUGAUUUUUACUGUUA